AUGGCCUACGAGAUGAUGCUGUACCCGAAGGAAAAGACACCACAAACCGUGCCGGCCGGUAACUACAUCUCGGACGUCUAUGCACCGUACGCGGAGCUGUUCGACCUGUCGCUACUGCCGAACGACGGUGAAGUCCCGCUCAGUCCCCAGUCGCAGCUGCAGCAGAGCCAACAGCAAGCGUUCGGCGGUCCAGCCCAGAGCCCGGAGUACAUCCCGGCGACAAUCUUCCACGACGUGCCGGCCGGGCCGAUGCAGCAGAUGAAACAGGAGCAACCGUCGGCGGGCUGGUCGGACAGUUGGAGCAUCAGCAGUGGCUACAGCAGCUGCGGAAGCAUCGCCAGCAGCAACCCGGCGUCGCCCGAAUCGACCGCCUCGUCCUACGGGCUACUGGACAACCCGCACCAUCAACCGCUGAGCUCCCAGGCCGCCGGUGGAGGCCACGAUCGUCAUCUGCUGUCGCCGUACGGCCUGGACCAGCCACCAAGCAUCAAGCUCGAGUACGAUUCCGGAUCGGAGACGAGCAUCGAUCUGGACUCGCUGCUCGGUGGUGACUCAUCGCCGUACCACCACUCGCAGGUGCCCUCACCGGCCGUGAUCAAGGUGGAGAACAGCGGCUACCCUCUGCCAACGGCACCGGACCAGUCCGCCACGGCGAAACCGCAAGGCUUCCAGAUACUGCGGGAGCACCUGCAGGACACGAGCUUCCAGCGUCGGCACAAUCUGAAACCGUUAGAGCUGGAUUCGCUGAUCGGAGGACUCACAACACAUGCCGACAUCGGGCCGGUGUUUGAGUUUGCGCUGCAGGAGAUGAAGAACGGUGUCCAGGCGACCUGCACCGAGCUAGGGAUCUCUUCCGAUCCCAAGCAGUGGUCCACACCGAAGGUUCACCAGUGGCUCGAGCUGGCCAUGGGCAAAUAUUUCCUGCCCCGCCUGGACAAUCUGGCCGCGCUGUUCCCAGAAAACGGAGCCCAGUUGGCUUCGCUUCCGCUGGAAGAGUUUGUUCGACGUAUCCCGCAGGGUGGUGACAAACUGCACGGAUACCUGGAGCUCUGGAAGCAGAUCCAUCGCUUGAUGGUAGGUGAUAAUACCACCGUGGACAGCAUGGUCACCGAGACGACACUGGCUACCGGUGGUCUGCCCAUGUCCACGCCGAUACCAUGCGGUUCCCUGAAUGCAGCCCCGGUGGUUACGACACCAGGUUUCUCGGGCAUGUCCGAUGCCAAUCGGAUGAUUCCCUCGGGCCCAGGAAGCAAUCUCGGUGCGUCGAACAGCGGACCAACGUCGACACACAGCGCCAGCCCGACGAUGCUCGACAACUUCGACAGUGACUCGAUGACCGGAGAUGCUAGCGAUGAUGAGGACGAAGAUAUGCCCCCGGAGCGUUCCGGAAGCUCGUCGUCAGCGGGUGGAGGACCAUCGACAAGCCAGGCAGCCGCCGGUCAGACAAGCCCCGCUCCGGCCAAGGUUCGCCACGGUGGCUCGCACAUUCACCUGUGGCAGUUCCUGAAGGAGCUGCUCGCCUGCCCGGAGCAGCAUCAGAACGCGAUCCGUUGGAUCGAUCGGUCGAAGGGGGUGUUCAAGAUCGAGGACUCGGUACGCGUCGCCCGGCUCUGGGGAAGGCGCAAGAAUCGGCCCGCCAUGAACUAUGACAAACUGUCUCGCUCCAUACGCCAGUACUACAAGAAGGGCAUCAUGCAGAAGACGGAACGCUCACAGCGACUUGUGUACCAGUUCUGCAGUCCCUACGCGCUAUAG